CUAAUUUUAGCAUCUGUCGACACGCAUCGUUGAUGCUUCGGGUAGUAAUUACGGACAUUAAAAAUGUUCUGUUGCUCGAAGAACUUUAUUCAAUUCAUUGCAUCUGAAUGUGCUUGCGGAUUAUCGGUACAUAUUGACGUACAUUGCUUGACCAUUACCUAAUAAGGUACAAUAUUAAUCGCCAGUAUUUUCGGUGGAAACCAGGGCGAUUUUCUUUCCACCUGUUGCAUCGAAGGGCAGCAAAUGCCGGUCGUUACAAAUCUUCGCAUUGUGCGGAUGCCGCACUACUUAAUAUUUUAUUAAUCACAUUUACUUAAUCGUUUUGUAGUGCUACUUCGCAUUAAAAGUUUUCCAUAUCGAUCGCAGACGGUUUACUGACUUUAACCUACCUGUUAUCUGUGCGCGCCAAUCAGAGGGUUUCUGGACUAUUUCGAAAAACGGAGCAGUGAUGGUCAGCGAGUGUACCAUACCGGCGAUAGCGCCACCUCCAGCUAAAGUGUAUCAGAACUGUACUAGCGAUCGUUAAAUGUGCCAGUACUGUAGAAGAUAAUUCGGUUCAGUUUGCAACCUUGAAUCUUGAAUCCAUGAUGUGGAAUUAUUUCGUCUGAUCAUUAUCGACAAUUCAUGACUGAUUCUUGAUCCGGUUUAGUGAUCCGGCUCGCAAUUGUCAGAACAUAAAAUGAAUCAGCUCUGCAAAGUAUGCGGUGAGCCUGCCGCAGGAUUCCAUUUCGGGGCCUUUACAUGCGAAGGCUGCAAGAGUUUUUUCGGCCGCACCCACAUGAACAAGGAGGCUAUGGCCGAAUGCAAAAACGGCGGGAACUGCACGAUCAAUCGCAAGACCCGCACGUGCUGCAAAGCCUGCCGACUGGAGAAAUGCCUCGCUGUGGGCAUGUCGAAGAACGGAUCUCGCUAUGGCCGGCGUUCGAAUUGGUUCAAAAUCCACUGCCUCAUUCAGAGCCAGCACGAUCAGAACGGCAGCUCCGAGGCGGACCACGACGCUGACGAACGCUUCUCCGACCGCACCGUGUCCACGCCAUCCUCGGUCAAGAGCGGCGGCCGUCGUGCCCCGUCGAAACUAUGGAAUCCACCGGUUUCCCCGUCCAGUUCUGUUUCGCCGGCUUUUGAAAAGGAAGAGAAGCCGGAUAUCCCGCGUUCACCGUUCUUCAGCCCGUUCUUCCCCGGCAGUCCAUUCGGUCUGUUCCCGCCCACUAGUCCCGGAAUGCUCUCCCCCACUGGUCUCACCGAAGAGCAGAUGCGUCUGGAGUUUUUCAAACUAUUCAUGGCCUGCCAGACACAGGGAAUGUCCAUGCCAGGCGCAUUUCCGCUGAUGAACGUCAACGCCGGAUUACCCCUGCUGCAACCACAGCCCGCGCCGCUCCCGGAACGAAAGGUCGCACCGGCGACUCCCGUUGACCGGAAACGCCGUAUCAGUAUGGCGGAGGCUAUGCAGGAUUUCCAGGAGCAGCCGCUAGAUUUGUCGGCCAAACGAUCGCGUUUAACGGAGCCGCUGCGUAACUGCGGUCUUGGUCUGCGGGGUGGUGACAGUACCGGCGAUCAGUCGCCGAUUUCCGGUCGGGAAUCGGAUGCCGAUGAUGAGCGGGAGGAUGACGAGGAGGAGGCCGAUGUUAACGAUCAUUUCCGGCGGUGUUUCCGCGGCCCGAACGGGUCCAUUCUGGAUUUGUCGGCGCGGAAGUAACACCGGAUGAAGCGGAAUUUUGCGGACUAGUCGGUUGUGGUCGACAUUAAAACGGCCGAAGUUUAGUUUUCUACCGUAGUUUUCUAGUUUAUUUGAGCACAUUCCUUGCGCGCUGGCUGGGUGAGAAGUGAUAUGUUGGACGACACAUUCUCGUUUUCUUUUGUUAUUUGAUCAUUUCCAGGAUACUCUUCAUUUGUUUGAUUACUACUUCGUGGACGGAUAGUUUUGAUAAUUGAUUGUUUGUACUUUAUGUUUUUGUUGUCGCGUUCUGGAAUGCAGACGUGUGAAUUUUGACGGUUACCUGUUGCAUUGGAUGCGAUCAUGCGUCGCCGUUCAUAUUAUUUUGUAUGCUGUACAGCAACGCUUGUUUGACUUUUGUUUAUUAAUUAGUUCUGGUGUUUAUCUCAUGUUAUUAUCCAGUGAAGUUUGGAUGCAUAAACGUUAAUAAGAUUAAAAAUCGUAA